UAUCAAUCGAGUCGAAUUAAGGGUUUUCGUCGGGAGCCUCCAUGAUGAAACGCAAGGAACAUGAGAAGGGCAGCCGAAGCAUAAGCAUCUUGGAGCCGAUCGCUCUUGAUCUGAAGAAGAAGAAGACGAAGACUAGAUCGUCAAGAAAGGACAAUGGCGUUGGUGGAAGCGACAAGAGCCGGCCAGGUAAGAAGCGACAUCAUGUGAUCCCUUACGAUAUGCAGGUGGAGACACUGAUUAGAUUGCCUGGAAAGUCUCUUAUGAAGUUCCUAUGCGUGUCCAAGACUUGGUAUUCCCUUAUCCGAAGCCAAAGAUUCGUCGCUUCUUACUACGCAGCCAAGCCAUCCCGUUUUGUAGCCGCUUUCACCAACUGUGUACUUGCUGAUCCCAAGCGCCUGUUCGUCUUCUCGGGAGAGGAGGAGGAGGAGGAAAACUCUUCUUCUUCUUUGGUCGCCAAUCUAGACAUGACAAUACCCUCAGUAACCUUGUCUCACGGCAGCUUCAAGUAUUCUUCCGUCCAUGGCUUUAUGGCUUGUAAUGAUGGGACAACGUUCAUUAUAUGUAACCCUAGCACGGGGCAAGUCAUUACCUUUCCCUGCAAGGCAACGGGCACACGCUUGGGAUACGAUCCUGUUGGUGAUCAAUUCAAAGCAUUGACCCUGUUGACAUCUAGGUUUGAUCAUUUGCACAACCCUAGUUUGAUGUGCACGCACGAGGUUAUAACACUUGGAAGAGGAGGACGUGUAGUAUCUCGUAGCCGAUUUACAUCCCCGCCUUAUGACCCUAUCACUAUGGGACUAACCAUCAAUGGUUUCAUGUAUUAUGGUGCUUCUCUUCCACUUCGAGAAGACAAUCUGUUUCUUGUGUGUUUUGAUGUUAGAAACGAGAGGAUACUAAGCUUUAUCCCAACCCCUACGGAUGCCCUGGUUUGGCAGGGCUUUUCAUCUUUGAUUGAAUACAAAGGGAAGCUAGCUUUCGUUGUACCAAACUGUCAGGGACUUUCUUUCGACCGUUUUGAUCUUUGGAUACUGGAGGAUGUGACCAAACAUGAGUGGUCCAGACAAUCAUUCCAGCUUCCCUUGUCUCUUCCCUUCACUGUUGGGAUGGGUCAGCGUAUGAUUUCCCAAGGAACCAACAAGGCUGGUGAAAUCAUUUUCUCCCCAGCUAUUCUGCCAGGCCGUGCCCAGCCCUUUUAUGUUUUCUACUUCAACCCUGUCACGAAUAAAACCAGAAGAGUCAGGAUCCACGGUGUCGCAGAUACUGAAGACUUCUGGAGCCGUUAUGGACUCACAGACACAUGGCAGCUGUGGAAAAGAGCAGAUUGCUUGAGGGGAAGCCUGCUGGGUUCUUCGUGAGUACGGGGACUCAAGGAGGUGGCCAGGAGACCACUGCAUGGACAGCAAUCACACAGCUCGUGCACCACGGGAUGCUGUUCGUCCCAUAGGCUACACAUUAGGAGCAGGAGUUUUCAAGAUGGACUCGAUCCGCGGAGGGUCACCUUACGGAGCGGGUGUGUUCGCUGGUGAUUGGUCAAGAGAAGCAACAGAGACAGAACUAGCUCUUGCUGAACAUCUAAGGAAACUACAAUA